AUGGCUCCCGGCGCCGCGCUCGUCGGCCCUCCCGUCGCCGUCGCCGUCGCCGUCGACACCGAGAUGGCGGACGCCACCAACCCCAAGGCCACGACCCCGUCCAAGCCCAAGGCCAAGGCCAAGGGCCAGGUAGUGUUCCCCGUCGACGACUCCAGCGACUUCGAGAUGGAGGACGCCGGCGUCUACGGGGCGGACACGAAGGCGCCUCCCCCGACAGGUCGCGCGCUCUCCUACACCUCGUCGGGCCACCCCUGCGUCGACUUCUUCUUCCAGGUCGUCCCCGGCGCCACCGCGGCCACCGACGUCGCCUCGCUCCUCAGCGUCGCCUGGGGCAACGACGAGCGCUCGGCGCGCACGGCGCUCCGGCUCGUCUGCCACCUCCGCGGCGUCCGCGGCCUCGGCAAGUCCGACAGGGACGGCUUCUACGCCGCCGCGCUCUGGAUGCACGCCAACCACCCGCUCACCCUCGCCGCCAACCUCCGCGUCUUCGCCAAGUUCGGCUGCUUCAAGGACCUCCUCGAGAUCGUCUACCGCGUCCUCCACGGCCCCCGCGACGAGCGCAAGGAGGAGACCCAGCCCGCCCCUGCCCGCAACGGCCACAAGCGGGGCCGCGGCGACGGCAAGGCCACCGCCGAGGCGAAGCGGAAGAAGGAGGUGGAGCACGCGCAGGUCACCAUGGCCCGCUACGCCUCGGACGACAAGUUCCGCCACCUCUACGACCGCGUCGCCGAGCUCUUCGCCGACCAGCUCAAGGCCGACCUCGAGCACCUGCGCGCGGGCGACACCGCCAAGAUCACGCUCGCCGCCAAGUGGUGCCCGUCGCUCCGCUCCUCGUACGACCGCUCCACGCUCAUCUGCGAGGCCAUCGCGCGCCGCAUGUUCCCGCGCGAGUCCACCCCGGAGUACCUCGUCAUGGCCGACAAGCACUACGCGUACCGCGUCCGCGACCGCCUCCGCCGCGAGGUGCAGGUGCCGCUGCGCAAGGCCCUGGAGCUCGCCGAGGUGUACAUGAGCGCGCAAAAGUGGGAGGACCUUCCCUACGCGCGCGUGUCGUCCCUGGCGAUGCGGCAGUACAAGGAGGCGUUCCAGAAGCACGACAAGUCGGGCGUCGCCGGCUUCUUCGACGAGGUGCGCGCCGGCCUGGCCAAGAUCCCGGCGGACGCGCUGCUGCCGCACGAAAUCGUGGCGGCCGCGCUCAAGGGCGAGCACGACGAGGCCGCGGAGCUCCAGUGGCGCCACAUGGUGUCGACCCUGGCGUCCGAGGGCCGCCUCUCCAACUGCAUCGCCAUGUGCGCCCUGUCCAGCUCGGCCGAGAAGCCGCCCGCGUCCGUGGCCAUCGCGCUGGGGCUCCUCGUCUCGGAGCUCAGCCAGGAGCCGUGGAAGGGGCGGGUCAUCACCUUCGACACCGCCACGCACCAGCUGCACAAGGUGCGCGGCACCUCGCUGGUGGAGAAGCUGCGGCCGCUGGCCGCCGUGCGGGCCCAGAAGGGCGCCAACCUGCAGGCCGUCUUCAACAAGAUCCUGAACGUGGCGGUGGCGGGCAAGCUUGACAAGGAGAUGAUGGUGAAGCGCGUCUUCGUCCUGAGCGACAUGGAGUUCGACGGCUGGGUCGGCGGCGAGGCGUGGGUGUCGGAGCACGAGGCCAUCAGGAAGAAGUUCGAGGCCGAGGGCUUCGCCGUGCCGGAGGUCGUCUUCUGGAACGUCGGCACGUCCAAGGCGUCUGUGCCCGUGGUGGCGGCGCAGGUGGGCGUGGCGCUGGUCAGCGGGUACUCGAAGAACCUGGUGCGGCUGUUCCUGGAGGCGGACGGCGUGCUCACUCCCGCAGCCAUCAUGGCCGACGCCAUCUCCGGCCCCGAGUACGACGACCUCCAGGUGCUCGACUGA